CGGAACGAGCGCAAGAUGGCGGCUGAGCGGCAAGUGACCGGGAGCGGCGGCGGGGGCAGCAGUGGCGGCCGUGGAGGAGCUGGUGGUAGCAGCGCCGGCAGUUCAGCGGCGGGCCCCGAGGAGAACAAGGAGAAUGAAAAGCCGACGUCGGGUGACCUGGGGGAUAGCCUCGGCCUGGAGAUCCUUCAGAUUGUUAAGGAAUCACAACAACAACAUGGGCUACGACAUGGUGAUUUUCAGAGAUACAGAGGUUAUUGUUCCCGCCGGCUAAGAAGACUCAGAAAAACUCUCAACUUCAAGAUGGGAAAUAGGCACAAGUUCACAGGAAAGAAAGUAACAGAAGAGCUGUUAUCUGACAACAGAUAUUUACUGUUGCUUCUCAUGGAUGCUGAGAGAGCCUGGAGCUAUGCUAUGCAGCUGAAGCAGGAAGCCAACACGGAACCUCGCAAACGAUUUCAUCUGUUAUCUCGUCUGCGUAAAGCAGUAAAACAUGCUGAGGAACUGGAGCGCCUAUGUGAAAGCAAUCGGGUGGAUGCCAAGACUAAGCUGGAAGCUCAGGCAUAUACAGCUUACCUCACAGGUAUGCUCCGCUUUGAGCACCAGGAAUGGAAGGCAGCAAUGGAGGCUUUUAACAAAUGCAAAACCAUAUAUGAAAAGCUGGCUAGUGCUUUUACAGAGGAGCAGGCAAUAUUAUAUAAUCAACGAGUUGAAGAGAUUUCUCCCAAUAUCCGUUACUGUGCCUAUAAUAUUGGCGACCAAUCUGCUAUUAGUGAGCUAAUGCAAAUGAGGUUGAGAUCUGGGGGCACAGAGGGACUUCUUGCUGAAAAACUAGAGUCUCUCAUCACCCAAACUCGAGCAAAGCAAGCCGCCACUAUGAGUGAGGUAGAAUGGCGGGGAAGGUCAGUGCCAGUGAAGAUAGACAAAGUGAGGAUCUUCCUGUUGGGGCUGGCAGAUACUGAAGCAGCCAUUGCUCAAGCAGAAGAAGAAGAAACUAAAGAGCGCUUGUUUGAGUCCUUACUGAGUGAAUGUCGAGAUGCCAUACAAGCUGUUCGAGAAGAACUGAAACCAGAUCAGAAGCAGCGGGAUCACUCUUUGGAAGUCGAUUCUGGGAAAGUCACUAAUAUUCAAUACCUGCACAGUUACCUGACUUACAUCAAGCUCUCCACUGCAAUCAAGCGCAAUGAGAGUAUGGCAAAAGCCUUGCAGAAGGCACUGCUUCAGCAGCAGCCAGAGGAAGAUGGGAAGCGCUCCCCUCGGCCUCAGGACUUGAUACGCCUUUACGACAUCAUCUUGCAGAAUCUGGCAGAGUUGCCACAACUUCCUGGCCUUGAAGAAGAUAAAAACUACCUUAAGGAGAUUGGAGUAAAGACAUUGGUAUAUAAGGCUUACAGGUGUUUUUUCAUUGCACAGUCAUAUGUUCUGGUAAAGAAAUGGAGUGAAGCCCUUGUUUUAUAUGAUCGUGUUUUGAAAUAUGCCAAGGAGGUCCAAGCCCAGGCUGGAACUUGCAAAAACUGCUUGAAGGAGCUGCCUGAUGUUCAAGAGCUGAUUACUCAAGUGAAUGCAGAAAAAUACUCCUUGCAAGCAGCUGCCAUACUAGAUGCAGGUGACAACCAUGAGACUGAGUCCCCAUCCCAGGUCAAAGAUGGCAAGCCACUUUCUGAACGGUUCGAGACUUUCUGUCUGGAUCCUUCUCUCGUCAGCAAGCAAGCCAGUCUGGUGCAUUUCCCUCCAGAAUUCCAACCAAUACCAUGCAAGCCUUUGUUCUUUGACCUGGCUCUCAACCAUGUCACUUUCCCACCCCUGGAGGACAAAGUGGACCAGAAAGCAAAGAGUGGUCUUACAGGAUACAUCAAGGGUAUCUUUGGAUUCCGGAGUUAACCAGGGCCAUUUUCAAGAACACUUAAUCAUCCUGUAUUGUGGGAAAGAUCCAACUGGUUCAGACCAUAACUGCUUGUGUCUAAAAUCUACAUGGGAGUUUUUAAAAAUUAUUUUCCCAGUAUUCUAUCUCUGUGUAUACACCUACUUCACUUGAAGUUUUUCACCCUGAGAACAUAUAUAAUGUGGUCUGGAGUUUCAAAUCACGUUUAUCCAGUGGCUCAGGCAGGAACAAUACCCAUUCUGCAUGGGCCAGGCAUACUUUCAUUUCUUUUGAUGGCUGAGAUGAAGCUUAAUUAAAAAAAAAAAAAAAACUAGCCCAGUCUUCUGGACUUUACAAAGCAAAGAAAAACCAAAGGCAUGGCUAUAUCUAUCCAAGACUGGGUUGUCUAAGUAGAAUGUAUGAAAAACCUGCAGUUGGCUAGACCCUUAUCACCUGCCAUGUUUAUGUACUGCCGUGUAAAAGUGUAAGUUUCAGAGCCUUCAGAACUCUGAAAUGAGUGGACUAAAGAUUAGCUUAGAUAGUGAUUAAAAUCGUAUGGUACACUUUAAAGACUAUGAAGCCCAAGCACUGAGGCAUCACUUCUUACAGCAGGGGCUAUGUUCCCCAGAGGGUCUUCUCGAGGACCUAAAAUGCCUUUGGCCUCAGAAAGAACAAGCCACAUGCAUUUCAUGCCAUGAAAGAUUCCCUGUUUCUUUCCAUUUUCAACUUAGCUGAUAUGGGUAAAUUAGUAGGGGUGUUUUGUUGCUUAUUCUAUGUGUUAUAUCCUAUCUAUGUGUUUCACCCUAUCCUACAUUCAGGUGUUUUAAGUAUCCACUUAGAAUUAAUAAGUGGAGCCACUGGAAUUUUCAGCAAUAAAGAUCUCAGCCAUGUGUUCACAGCACAUUUUCUAAGAGAAAACAUUUAACAGUGCUUUGGGAAUCCAAAUAUCUUCAUGUCAAUACAAUUUUUGUGAAAAAAUACAUAGGCACAAUUCUAAGUAUUUGUGAACCUAAAUUGUUCAUGGGACUUUUCUGUGAGCUGUAUCACUGCUCCCAAAAGGGUUAAUCCAGUUAGUCAGAAAUAUUAGUUGGCUCAGAUGGCCCUUAGCUAUAUUUUAGUGUUCAUAUUUUUGUCAUUCUGCACUCCAGUUUUGCUCUGUUUCUUGACAUUUUUGGAACAGUAUUAAAACUGGGUUAUUCAGUUACAGAAAUAUCCUGCAAAAGCCACGUCUCAACCACUGAGUUGGUAAAUUUCAGAGAAUUAUAAUUUUCAGAUUAAAGAAAAAUUGGGUUUAAUUAACCAAAAUUAUUGGAUUUCUUUACUCUGUGUAAAAAAGCCUUUUCAGUAGAAUGUAGUGUUAACCACAUCUGUUUUAAAAUACAUAUAUGAAAUGGGCUUUCUGAACUGUCUGGGGGCAGACUUUUAUAGGGGAAAAAAAACUAUUGUGGACAUAAAAAAAUUGGAAUAAAGGAUAUUUUUUAAUUUAUCAAGUGAUGUUUUACACAGAGAUGAGGUCUGGUAAACCAGUGAUUUUUCAGUUCUGUUGAAGACUAAAUGGAAACAAGAGAUCUCUGUAAAGGGACUGUGACCUAGCCUCCUUUCUGGCAGUGUGCCUAUUCAUAUUUUGUUGGUUGUACUUUGCUUCAGGUUUCCCUGUUCUCCUUAAUUAUCUCUUCUGAAUUAAAUCUGAGAAUUGUGUUCCUCUUAUAUAUACAACCCAACUUCCUUUUUGUUUACCUUCUACCCCACACAUGUGGGCAACUGGGCACAUUCCAUUCCUACUGCUUUUGCCUUUGUUUGCUGUCACAAAUGGUUAAAACUUUCUUUGUUAAACAUAUUGUGGCAAAAAAGCAUAUUAGACAGAAAGGAAAUCCUGAAACAAUAAAGACUUAUUCCUGCCUUCUGA